ACUGCCGCCUCCAUGUGCCUCCAGUUGUGAUGCAUUCUCUCUUGUCAGGGUAGUUAUCUGCUGUCUUGUAUUAAUAUCUGCGCCGAGGUGUAAGUACAGAAAGCAAAGGGAAAAGCAAUGGCCUCUGGAGAUAUUGCUCAGAUUACAGAGGCGCUGGCCAAGACCCAUGUUGGAGAAGUGGAAUUAAGUUAUAAGGGACAAGGGCUGAAGUUGGACAAUGCUGAGUCAGUGAAAGAGAUGGUGCAGGAGAUCGAACAGUGUCAGGGGCUGCAGUCUCUCCGAUUGGAGGGAAACACAUUGGGGGUUGAAGCAGCACAGGCAAUUGCAAAGUCUCUUGUAGCAAAAAGGGAAUUGGAGCAAUGCCAUUGGAGUGACAUGUUCACGGGUCGCCUUCGCUCUGAAAUUCCACCUGCUCUGAUAUCAUUGGGCAAUGCUUUGAUGGCAUCAGGGGCCAGACUGACUCAUCUGGACUUGAGCGACAAUGCCUUCGGCCCUGAUGGUGUAAAGGGAAUUGAAAGCCUCCUGAAGAGCUCUGCAUGCUACACCUUACGAGAGCUCAGGCUUAAUAAUUGUGGCAUGGGCAUUGGAGGGGGUAUGGUCCUUGCUUCUGCUUUGACUGAAUGCCAUAAGCAGUCUAGUGCAGCUGGCUCCCCCCUGAGGUUAAAAGUCUUCAUAGCUGGACGUAAUCGGUUGGAGAAUGAUGGUGCCACUGCACUUGCCAAAGCAUUUAAGUUAUUAGGCAGUCUUGAGGAGGUCCAUAUGCCACAGAAUGGAAUUAACCAUCCUGGUAUCACUGCUUUAGCCACUGCCAUAAAGCACAACCCAAACCUUCAGGUCCUCAACCUCAACGACAACACUUUUACUAAGAGAGGAUCAAUAGCCAUGGCAGAGGCUGUUAGGCACCUCCAGUGUCUUAAGGUCAUCAAUUUUGGGGACUGUUUGGUACGCUCAGAAGGUGCUAUUGCUAUAGCAGGGGCCCUUAGAGAGGGACUGCCAUUCCUCAGGGAGCUGAAUUUGUCAUUUGGAGAGAUUUGCGAGGCUGCAGCUGUGGUAGUUGCAAAGGCUGUUCAGGGCAAAGCUGAUCUGGAGAAACUGGAUCUCAAUGGAAAUUGCUUUGGAGAGGAUGGCUGUGAGGCUCUCAGGGACAUGAUGGAGAGCAUGAACAUGGAAGAUCUGCUGGGCUCGCUCAGUGAUGAUGAAGGAGAGCCUGAAGAAGAUGAUGAUGAUGAUGAGGAGGAGGAAGAUGAUGAGGAAGAGAGGGAAGAUGAAGAGGAUGCAGAGGAAAAUGGUGUCAAUGGAACAAAAGAUGUCAUUGAAGAAAAGGAGGUGCCUCACUGCAGCUCUGAGCUCACGUCCUUCCUCAUCUCCCCGUCAGCUGAGAAACUGAUCUCCCUUGGAGCCAAAAGGAUCCAGCUCAUUGAGCAGCAGGUUGACGUCUCAGAUGCUAGUAAGGUGUCAGAAGUUUUUCUCAAGAUUUCAUCAGUAUACAAAGAUGAACCAGAAGUAAAGCAAGCUAUUUUUGAGAGCACUGAUGCUCUAUUGAGGAAAGCCUUUUCCAGCUCCCACUCUCAAUCUUAUAGUUUUAUCUCCUCACUGAUGGUGAACCUGGGACUUUUAAAGAGUGAAGAUAAGAAAAUAAAGAGGGUGACUCCACUGCCUGGACACUUGCUCGCUUUGGAGCACGCAGCUGCGCGGGAGUUCUUCCCAGCAGAUCAGGCUGAUGUUCUCGAAACAUUUGUGUCACAAAAUGGCAAAGUCUUAGAAUCCUGCUGCAGUGCCAGAGAUGCUCUCAAGACCACAUUGGUGAAAAGGACCACUGCUUAAUUCUAAACCCUCAUUACAGAGCCACUGAAAUUACUUAUGACGGGUCAAAAAAGACAAAAACUUGACAGGAUACAUGAAACUAUCUAAACUAUUGAUCUAGUUUAUAUAAGUUCAGUCAAUUCUGGAUCCUUUUUGGCAUGCAGAUUUCAGACAACUGCAAAGUACAUUGAUGAUAGUGCCUCAUGACAACUAACCCAAACUGAAUUUCCUUACAGAUGAACUGUAGACAGUUAGAUUUGAAUAAGAGUGUUGUGUUCUUUCAUCUCUUUUUAGAAAUAUUGCUUCUAUUUUUAUACAUGAAAAGGGAUAAUAGGAAAAAUGCACUGGAUGAUAAUUAGGGCUUAAUUAUCGCUUAAACCUUAAAUGAUUGUAAUGUUAUAACUGAUAUUUCUGAACAGUUGUUACUUAAACUGUCACAUUGGCAUGGAGCCACAUUAGCAUGUUCACUCUCAUGCCUUUGAUUAGAUGUGCCAUAUUGUGAAAAGAUUGGUGGUGGAAUUAAAACCAAAAUAAAGUAAAAUAAACACCUAAGAGUCUUUGGAUUGAAAUGAAGAAGGCAGUGAAAGUGAAGUGGAAAAAAUGUUUGGACAUUAGUAUAUUUAAUACUACAACUGGUAAGCACUGAAUAUUGUUAUAUUUGCAACAUUCCAUUUUGUUGAUAUUAAAGUUUUUUUUUCUUGGGGGAAAAA